AUGGCUCAGGUUCAACCUCAAGGUCAGAAUCCAAACGGUUCGGGAACAGCGGGCGGUACGACGUCGCUUUAUGUUGGAGAUCUGCAUGCGAAUGUCACGGACGCGCAGCUCUUCGAGGCGUUUAGCCAGAUGGGUCAAGUUGUGACCGUUCGUGUCUGUCGGGAUUUGGCUACUCGGAGAUCUCUCGGUUAUGGAUAUGUCAACUUCGCCACUCCUCAAGAUGCUGCAAGAGCGAUUCAAGAAAUGAACUACAUUCCUCUUAAUGGAAAACCUGUCAGGGUUAUGUACUCUCAUCGUGAUCCUAGUGUUCGCCGAAGUGGUGCAGGAAACAUAUUCAUCAAGAAUCUUGACAAGUCCAUAGACCACAAAGCGUUGCAUGAUACGUUUUCUGCGUUUGGGAACAUUAUCUCGUGCAAGGUAGCUGUGGAUUCUUCAGGGCAAUCGAAAGGCUAUGGGUUUGUGCAAUAUGAAACUGAGGAAUCUGCCCAGAAAGCUAUGGCUCAAUUGAACGGCAUGUUACUGAAUGAUAAGCAAGUGUAUGUCGGACCUUUCCUCAGGAGGCAAGAAAGAGACUCUACCGCUAACGUAACAAAAUUCACCAAUGUGUAUGUGAAGAAUCUUGCUGAAUCAACUACUGAUGAUGAUUUGAAGAACACUUUUGGUGAGUUUGGAAAUAUUACAAGUGCGGUGGUGAUGAAAGAUGGAGAUGGGAAGUCAAAGGGCUUUGGUUUUGUUAACUUUGACAAUGCCGAUGAUGCUGCUAAGGCUGUGGAAGCUCUGAAUGGGAAGACAUUUAAUGAUAAGGAAUGGUUUGUUGGUAGGGCCCAAAAGAAGUCUGAAAGGGAAACGGAACUAAAGGUUCGGUAUGAGCAGAGUUUAAGGGAAGCUGCAGACAAGUUUCAAAGCUCUAACUUGUAUGUUAAGAAUUUAGAUGACAGUAUCUCUGACGAGAAACUGAAGGAGCUUUUUACACCUUAUGGCACUGUUACAUCUUGCAAGGUGAUGCGGGAUCCGAAUGGCAUAAGCAGGGGCUCUGGUUUUGUAGCAUUCUCAACUCCUGAAGAAGCAAGCAAAGCUAUGUCAGAGAUGAGUGGUAAAAUGAUUGAAAACAAACCUCUCUAUGUUGCUGUUGCUCAGAGAAAAGAGGACAGAAGGGCGAUACUCCAGGCUCAGUUUUCCCAAAUGAGACCGGGGGCAAUGCCACCAUCUGUUGGGCCUCGUAUGCAGAUUUAUUCCCCUGGUGGUCCAGGUAUUGGACAACAAGUGUUUUAUGGUCAGGCACCUCCUCCUAUGAUUCCUCCGCAGUCCGGGUUUGGCUACCAGCAACAGAUGGUUCCUGGAAUGAGACCCGGUGGUGGACCGAUGCACAAUUUCUUCAUGCCAAUGGUUCAGCAUGGCCAGCAGCGUCCUGGAGGUAGACGCCCUGGUGGGAUCCAGCAUUCUCAUCAUCAUCAGCAGCAGCAAGUUCCCAUAAUGCAGCAGCAGCAGCAGCAGCACCCGAGGGGUCGCAUGUUCCGCUAUUCGCAAGGCCGUGGAAGUGGUGGUCCCCCUGAUGUUCCUGGAAUGCUUCCAUAUGAGAUGCCUAGUAAUACGCCGCUACGUGACCCUGUGCUUUCUCAACAUGUUCCUAUCGGAGCUUUGGCUACAUCUCUUGCUAAUGCGUCUCCAGAACACCAGAGGACGAUGCUGGGCGAGAAUCUGUAUCCGCUUGUGGAACAGCUUGAGGCAGAGUCUGCAGCUAAAGUGACUGGGAUGCUUUUGGAGAUGGAUCAAACCGAAGUGCUCCAUCUCUUGGAGUCACCUGAAGCUCUCAAGGCUAAAGUAGCCGAGGCUAUGGACGUUCUCAGAAGUGUUGCUGCGGGUGGUGCAGCCGAGCAGCUUGCCUCUUUGAACCUCAACGACAACCUUGUCUCUUAAGUCUUCUUGUCUUCUUGUUGGAUUUGGGAAAAUACAGUUUUCGUAGUGUGGUUUUUGUCUUUUCUUUACACAUUUGGAGACUUCUUUUUCUGUAGGAUUCUUUGACAUGGUUUGUUUUCUCCCUUCCACCCUUCAAACUUGAUAUGUUUUGUUUUUGUUUAAAAACUUGAUUGGAUGUCGUUUGUUUUU